GGUACGUUCCGCGUGAGCAUAAAUAGCAAAAGCUCCAUCGUCGUGAAACCUAGUCUCUGCAUCUCCAUACUGUUAUAUGCACCCAUCCCGGCCUUCCCAAGAACACGACGCCAUUGCGAUCGACGCCGUCCUCUCGGCUCAGUGCCCUGCGCGUAUCAUGGAUCGGCGCCCGGCGGAGGGCGGCAGGGGGAGGAAGCGCGCGAGGGAGGAGCCGGCGCCGGCGCCGCCAGCGGACUUCCCGUUCGACGAGGCGGCGGCGGCGGCCGACCCCGGGGAGGCGUGGCGGCGCCCGCCGGGCGUGUUCCAGUUCCCGUGGCAGAAGUGCCGCGGCGGGCUCGGCGUCGCCGGCGGCGGCUGGGAGCUGCGCGACGUCUUCUUCCGCUCCCUCGUCGACGGCGGCGCCGCGGCCAUCGGCGUGCCCGGCGACCGCCUCGUCUCGCCCGGCAAGCACCAGCAGCGCGCGCUCUUCGACGACCUCGACGCCUGGCUCGCCGCCGCCGCCGACGGCGAGGUCGACCCCGUCUGGCGCUCCGCGAUCAGGGGCGGCGGCGCCGGACCCUCCGCGUCGGCGUCGGCGGUGUGA